CGGGCGCCGCCAGAUCUCAAACGCGCCAGUGUGUGAGUACAACCGUACCGAACCACAUGUGCUCGGUUAUAUUUUUGUUGCGUUGACGUUGCGCAUGGAGUGUGGAGCAAACGUGUGCGUUUCGUGCCGUGCCGUUUCAAAAUUGUGCCGGGGGUUGUGGUUGGACGUGUUGCUAGCGCACUGCUUAGAAUGCGAAACGGUCUCCGGUGCUGUACGCCAUUCUGAUGCUUCCGUUGUAGACUAAUUUCUUCGUGUUUUUUUUUUUGUUUGGUUUCGUCCGCCCCACUACUUUUGGUUCCGGUUCGUUUAUGUUGCGCUGUUAAAACGUGUUAAUCAGACGGUAGUUCGCGAGUGCCUGUACGGGACGAGAAUUUCGGUAGUGAAAGAUUUUUGCGACAAUUACAACCAUAUCUGUAGCGUUCGUUCAACGUCAGCAUCGUUCCAACCAGAAAAACAGGCACCCGAAACGUUGCGCAGCACAUACAACAACAAAAAAUCCCCCUUUUUUGCUGGCGCGUUACGGGCGUACUGGCCGCAAAGGGUAGAGGAGAGAGAGCGAGCUGUGCAAGAAGCGGCAAGAAUAGCUCUGUGUACAACACGCGUCGAUAUUAUUGCAUCAGCACGUACGGUGUGCGUUCCUUCUUCCCCUGCUGGCGUUCAACACAUUUGGGAAGAACGCCAAAAACACCGAACCGUACGUAGCAAGUGGUCGUGGCCGAUACCAGUCUGGCACACAUCAUGUUGCUUCAUACGCAUAGCAUAAAUCCGGUGCUUUUAGAUAGAAACAUUCGUAACUCCUAAGUGACGGAACAGAACAGUGGUGCUCAACAACCUUCAAGCGGUGCCUUAGAACUGCUAUGGUGCCUUCCUCGAGAUAAGUGUACUGUUAGUGUGCCGGUAGUGUGUAGUGUACGGUGGUGAAAGUGUUAUCUCGAAACAUAUCUCAAACACAUCCGUUAUCAGUAAUCGCGUACUCGAACGCUAUCGAACGUUGUGUGUGAUCGCGGGUGGACACGAGCGAACCGUACCAAGACGACGAUGGCCAAAGUCGGUGAUGUAGACAACCGGCCCGUUCAGCAGGGUUUCCGGCGUGAAAGUGACGAAGGACCACCGGUGGCACCGAAAGAUGGCAACAAUGACGGUGGUAUUGAGAUGAAGAAGGAACUCGGCUUGAUGGAUGGAGUGGCGAUCAUCGUUGGUGUGAUUGUUGGUGCCGGUAUCUUUGUAUCGCCGAAAGGUGUGCUGCUGUAUUCCGGCUCGAUCGGUGUUGCCAUCAUCGUGUGGAUAUUGUCCGGUGUGCUCAGUAUGGUGGGAGCACUAUGUUACGCGGAGCUAGGCACGAUGAUACCAAAGUCUGGCGGUGAUUAUGCGUACAUUGGCGAAGCGUUCGGACCGCUGCCUGCAUUUCUGUACCUCUGGGUGGCACUGUUGAUUCUCGUCCCAGCUGGAAAUGCCAUCACCGCGAUCACAUUCGCCCAGUAUCUUCUCCAGCCACUGUGGCCCACGUGCGAACCACCGUACGAAUCGGUACGACUGCUAGCCGCUGUCAUAACCUGUCUACUUACCGCCAUUAACUGUCGCAACGUGAAAUGGGUCGCCAGAGUGACGGAAACGUUCACUGGGAUGAAGGUGUUGGCACUGCUAGUAAUUACCGGUGCCGGUGCAUGGCAUCUGAUGAGUGGCAAUACGGAGCUGCUGGAGGCUCCAUUUGCCAACUCGAAGAUACAACCAGGAUUCAUUGCGGUUGCUUUUUACAAUGGAUUGUUUUCGUACUCGGGUUGGAAUUAUCUGAACUUUGUCACGGAAGAGCUCAAAGAUCCCUACCGAAAUUUACCCCGUGCCAUCUGUAUCAGUAUGCCGGUCGUCACCAUCAUCUAUGUCAUCACAAACAUUGCGUACUUUGCCGUGCUUCCACCAGACGAGAUGCUUUCAUCACAAGCCGUUGCGGUUACUUUUGCGGAGAAAAUGUUAAGCUUUAUGGCAUGGACGAUGCCAUUGUUUGUGGCUUGCUCCACGUUUGGAUCACUGAACGGUGCCAUCUUUGCCUCAUCGCGGCUCUUCUUUGUUGGGGCACGCAACGGACAUCUUCCGGCUGCACUUUCAUUGAUCAACAUCAACUGCUUAACUCCGAUUCCUUCAUUGCUUUUCUUGUGUGCUCUAACGCUAUUACUGCUGUUCAUUAGGGAUGUAUUUGCGAUCAUCAACUACGUCAGCUAUGUGGAGAUCUUGUUCAUCUUUAUUUCGGUAGCAGGUUUGCUACGGUUACGGCAGAAAGCUCCCGAUGCGCAUCGACCGAUCAAGGUUUCACUGAUCGUACCGGUAGUGUUUCUGCUGACGGCCGGAUUUUUGGUCAUAUUCUCUGUUUUCGAGUCACCAAUGGAGGUGGGCAUCGGGACACUGGUCAUCCUGUUAGGGAUUCCCGUGUACUACGUUACGAUCGGUAAGCCCUGGCGUUGGCUGACACAGAAAUCGCAAUCGUUCAAUCGAUUCUGCUCCAAACUGUUCCUAUGUAUGCCCAACAGCGAAAAGUUAGACUAACAAACGUGUUACGAAGGCGAAUAUUUAAAAAGCACAACUAUCGGUAGCGUAAAAUUGAAGACUAGGGAUGUAAGAGAUAAUCCUAACCGGGACGAUACGUCGAAAGUAUCAUGCUCAAACUAAUCUCAACAUACUGCUCGAUGUCGAUUACCCAUUUGCUCACAUAUCACCAAUACUGUGUAUAUAGACAAUACGACCAGGAAUAGUAAAUGCAGGACAAAGUAGGAAGGAAGAAAUGCUACUAAAACGAAACAAAACAACCCUGAUUGCCUUCACUGUAGCGCUCGGAAUGAUAGGUGCUAUCGAAACCUUUCGAUUUCAUAGGUGUCUAAUUAAACGUAUAAGAAGUGGAAGCACAAAAAGCCUUGCUAAAGUCGUACGAUAGUCCGAUCUCUAUCCAAUAGAUGUCCUUUUCGAUCUUCCCACGAAACAUUUCGCUUUGGGUUUUGCUUUAAAAAUACAUUAAAUCAAAAAUGCAAAAAUAAUAUUAUUAAAUUAGCGAAACAGCAGCAACAACAACAAAAAAAUCUAUUAUUGUUUCAAUUAUAUGUACAGUUACUAGAAGUGAGCAGGUUGCAGAAUUACAGCAUGUAAUAGUUAAGUAAUAUUUAUCUCAUUUAUUAAACCGCCUUCAUUGCAUGCCUCUGAUAAUAAUUGAUAAAGUUAAACGACCCCAUCUACCCGCUCCUGAUUGUGCUACAAACAUAACAAUUAUCUGUGUAAUUCUGGUUCGAUUUCAAGAGCCUUUGCUCUAGCUUCAAUUAUAUUCCAUAAGAAAAUUGCUACUCAACAAAACAAGACAUAACAGAAUAACGAAGACUGUUAUCGACUAUAUUGAAUAAGGGAUUUUAUACAAUAUAUUUCGAUUUGUAAGUGAUUUGUAAUUUACACCAAUAAAACCAUCGCUAGUA